AUGGAUGAGCUUUUCGACGUCUUCGAGCAGACCCCAGGCUCUGCUCCCCCAACGAACCAGCCAGUGAGAGCUCGACCGAAGAAGGAUAAGAGCAAGAAGAGGCAGGCAAAUGGCGAUGUUAAACAAGACACACUUAUGACGGAGGUGGAUGCGGAUGCAGAUUCAAUUCCGAAGCAAAAUGGAAACGGCGCUCUCCCAGAAACACCAGCUGAACAGCCAGAGGCUAAGCGAUUACGAGUCGAACCUGAGCCAGUUGUUGCCGAUACUUUCGAAACAGAGCAAUCUCGUGAAAUUGCAGCUUCAGCAGGAUUGCAAGCUACGCAGGAGGGAGCUGCUGUUGUCCUCUCCCACCAAGUUCGACAUCAAGUUGCUUUACCACCAAAUUAUCCUUACGUUCCUAUAUCCGAGCACAAACCACCCGAGACGCCGGCGAGGACCUGGCCAUUUACCCUUGACCCUUUCCAACAAGUCUCUAUUGCAUCGAUUGAGCGAGGCGAGAGUGUCCUCGUAUCUGCCCAUACUAGCGCUGGGAAAACGGUGGUUGCAGAAUAUGCUAUUGCUCAUUGCUUGAAGAACAACCAGAGGGUCAUUUACACAAGUCCAAUCAAAGCUCUGAGUAAUCAGAAGUAUCGGGAAUUUGCUGCUGAGUUUGGUGAUGUGGGCUUGAUGACAGGUGAUGUGACAAUAAACCCCACGGCAACGUGUCUGGUUAUGACCACAGAGAUUUUGCGAUCCAUGUUAUAUCGGGGCUCCGAAAUAAUGCGCGAGGUUGCUUGGGUUGUAUUUGACGAGAUCCAUUACAUGCGCGACAAGAUUCGUGGUGUUGUCUGGGAAGAAAGUAUCAUUCUUUUACCCGACAAAGUUCGCUACGUUUUUCUUUCUGCUACGAUACCCAAUGCCAUGCAAUUUGCAGAAUGGAUCACCAAGACUCAUAAUCAACCUUGCCAUGUUGUGUAUACCGAUUUCCGGCCUACUCCUCUUCAAAAUUACCUUUUUCCAGCUGGUGGAGAAGGAAUGCAUCUUGUUGUUGAUGAGAAGGGGACAUUCAGGGAAGAAAACUUUCAGAAAGCAAUGAGUGCAAUUGCGGACAAAAAAGGAGACGACCCGGCUGAUAUCAAUGCCCGUGGAAGAGGAAAAGGAAAAAAUAAGAAAACUAAUAAAGGCGGUGAAAAGGGCCCCUCAGAUGUCUUCAAAAUCAUAAGGAUGAUUAUGGUAAAAAGUUUCAAUCCGGUCAUCGUCUUCAGUUUCAGCAAACGCGAGUGCGAGAACCAUGCGCUCGCUCUCAAAAAUCUAGCCUUUAACGACAACUCGGAAAAGGAUAUGGUAUCAAAAGUUUUCAAUAGCGCCAUCGAGAUGCUUUCCGAUGAAGAUAAGAAGUUGGAACAGGUCACAAAUAUCCUUCCACUUCUCCGGAGAGGAAUUGGUGUGCAUCACUCUGGAUUACUACCAAUUCUUAAGGAAACCAUUGAGAUUUUAUUCCAAGAAGGUCUUAUCAAAGUCUUGUUUGCUACUGAGACAUUCUCUAUUGGUUUGAAUAUGCCGGCUAAGACGGUUGUUUUUACAAGUGUGCGAAAAUUCGACGGGACGAGUCAACGAUGGCUAACGCCUUCAGAAUUCGUGCAGAUGUCCGGGCGUGCAGGUCGUAGAGGUCUAGAUGACAGGGGUAUUGUCAUCAUGAUGGUUACUGAGGAGAUGGAGCCUUCUGUUGUGAAGGACAUUGUUCGAGGUGAACAAGACAAGCUUAAUUCAGCGUUCUAUUUAGGGUAUAAUAUGAUCCUCAACCUACUCCGAGUUGAGGGCAUAUCGCCAGAGUUCAUGUUGGAGCGGUGUUUUGCGCAAUUUCAAAGUACAUCCAAUGUUGGAACGUUAGAAAGAGAACUUGAGGAGCUGGAAGCUCGACGAGGAGCCAUGAACAUUCCCGAUGAAGGAUCAAUUCGAGAAUACUACGAAUCACGACAACUAUUAGAUACAUAUAACAAAGAAAUGCGCAAUACGAUGUGCCAUCCAACCUACUGCCAACGAUAUCUUGAGCCAGGCCGUCUUGUUCACGUCAAAUAUGAAAACCACGAUUUUGGAUGGGGGGUAGUUCUAAACUUCCAGCUGCGUAAAGCGCCUAAGAAUAUGGAAGAGGAAUUUUCGCCUGCGGAGAGUAUCAUAGUGGACGUCUGCCUGGAAGUCUCAGAAAAAUCCACCGUAUCCUCCAAAAUUGACAAGUCGCUGCCCCCCGGUGUUUACCCACCCAAAGAUGGCGAAGGGUCGACCAUUGCUGCAGUACCUGUGGUACUUAAUUGCAUACAUGCUUUUUCAGCGUUGCGAAUGAAAGCACCAAAAGACUUGGUCACGGCAGAGGGGAAAAAAUAUACCAAGAACUCGCUCGCUGAAGUACAGCGGCGGUUCCCUGAUGGCAUCGCAGUGCUGGAUCCAAUCCAUGACAUGAAGAUCGAGGAUGACUCGUUUAAGCGGACUAUGAGGAAAAUCGAAGUAGUUGAAGCGCGUUUGUUAGCAAAUCCAUUGCACAACUCACCUCGGCUUCGAGAGUUGUACGACCAAUACGCCGAGAAGGUGGAACUUAACAACAAGAUCAAAGAGACAAAGCGCAAAAUUGCCGAGGCGAUGUCGAUCAUCCAGCUGGACGAACUGAAAUGCCGAAAACGUGUUCUGCGACGCUUCCAGUUCAUCAACGAAGCCGAGGUGGUGCAGUUAAAGGCCCGCGUUGCCUGCGAGAUCAGCAGCGGCGACGAGCUUAUGUUGAGCGAGUUGCUGUUCAACGGGUUCUUCAACAAUCUUACGCCGGAGCAGUGCGCGGCAGUAUUGAGUGUUUUCGUGUUCGAAGAGCGGUCGAAGGAGACCCCGGCAAUUACCAACGAGGACCUUGCGAAGCCGUUGCGUGACAUCCAAGCCCAGGCCCGAGUGAUCGCUAAGGUCGCUCAGGAAUCCAAGCUCGCACUGAACGAAGAGGAAUACGUCCAGAGUUUCCGGUGGGAGUUGAUGGCGGUCAUUUUCGAAUGGGCGAAAGGAGGCACUUUCGCCGAAAUCUGUAAAAUGACCGACGUCUACGAAGGUAGCUUGAUAAGGACGUUCCGUCGCCUCGAGGAGUGCAUGCGGCAGAUGGCGCAGGCGUCGAAGGUGAUGGGGAGCACCGAGCUGGAGACGAAGUUUGAGUCGUCGCUCUCGCUGGUGAAACGGGAUCUUGUCGCUGCUCAGUCGCUAUACCUGUGA